UACCACCAUGUCCUUUUCCGAAAACUCUCCAGCACAAUUCUGCGGCAUCCCCCUUGAGUCAGAUCCGACUAUCUUCACAGACCUGAUGCACGCUCUCUGCGGGGUGCGAUCCCACCCGCUAACCUGCGUUGACCUGCUCUCCCUUGACCCGGAUGAUCUCGUUCCUGGUGGUCCCUUGGCUCUGCCAGGCAAGUUGCGCGGAAUCAUUCUGGUGUACAAUACCAACCCCGCGUACGAAUCCUCGAUCGACUACGAGCGGGAGAAAGCGCGAGAUGCGGGGCGAGGGUAUGCUGGUCGAGGGUCCGACGAGCCGAUGUUGUGGGUCGAGCAGAUCGUCCCCCACGCAUGCGGGUUCUUCGCACUGAUGCACAUCGUUUCAAACUUGAGUCGAUUGGGUGUAGAUUCGCCGUAUAUAGACCCAGAUUCGCCCAUGGGAAAGUUCAUCGCCUCUGCGCUCCCCAUGUCGCCUCCCGACCGGGCUUCGUUCCUCGAGUCCUUCUCACCCAUCGCAGCGCUGUACAACGACUGUGCGCCCCUCGGUACCAGUCAAGUGUUGCAUGCCGACGAUGUCGUUCCCGGGCACUACGCUGCGUUUAUCCCUUCGCAACUGGAUGGCCACAUUUAUGAGAUGGACGGCGGCAAAAACGGGCCAGUGGAUCACGAUGAAUGGCUGGAUGGGGAGCGAGAUAUAUUGAUUGGUGGAACGCGUGUCGUGAAGGAGAUAGUGAAGAAUCAUCUGGAUCCUGAAAACGCGCACUUUCAUGCUCUCGCUGUCGUCGAAAUGGAAUCGCGCAGGGAACAGUGAAUUACGUUGUCCAAGUUUAGGAUAGGGACAGCCGAAAUGAAAGUAUCUGGGAUGGUGCGAGCAGAAAAAAACUGAUUCGACCCGGGCUCGAACCGGAGACCUCCCGUGAAACACAGUCCUCAACUGCGGGAAUCCGAAUGUGAGACGGACGUGAUAACCAAC